AUGCCCCCGCGCACCUUCCACCAAACCAGUGCCGGCGACCUCUCCACCCCACCUGGAACCUACAUCUACACCCUAGCCCCACUCUCUGCAACGCACCUCGCCGCCUCAACCUCUUCCUCCUCCUCUCUAGUAACCUUCUCCAGAUCCACCCUAACACCAACAACCACCAUCCCGCAUGCGCACACAAACAUAACCUCACUCAGCGCCUACCCCGCAUCACCACAAACCCUGCUAACCUCGGGCACGGACGGGCUCCUAAAACUCUGGGAUCUCCGCUGCUCCCCUCCCGCCGCGGAAGCGAGCAAGAUAAACGUGGGCGCACCAGUACUAUGCACUUCCGCGGACGCGCAGGGCAGGAUCAUCGCGGGAACCGAGAUGCGGGAUCGGGUUUCGAGGGUUUGUGUUUGGGACGGGAGGAUGGCGGGGGAGAAGCCGACGUGGGUGUUUACGGAGAGUCAUGGGGAUGACGUCUCGUUUGUGGGGUUCGCGGGAGGGGAAGAGGGGGGGAGGUGGGGAGUUAGUGGAGGGAUGGAUGGACUGGUCAGUGUUUUUGAUUUGCUGGCUGGGGAGGGGGCGGAAGGGAGGGAUGAUGAUGAGAAGGCGCUUUGGCAGGUGGUUAAUAUUGGUUCAUCGGUUCAUCGGGCGGGGUUUUUGAACGCCGGCGGCGGUGGCGGUGCUGCUGGGAAAGGGGAGUGGGUUUUUGGGGUAUCGACCGAUGAAAGUCUCGUUCUUAGGUCUUUUAAUCAUACACCCGGCAGAGAAGAGGACGCCGCGGGGGAGGUCGCCGGGGAUGUCGGGGAUGUUAGGAAGAGGUUGGAUUGUGAAUAUGUGGUCGACGUAUUACGUCUUAGUGGUACUGGUACCGGGGGAAUUAUUGUCGCUGGGAAUAAGGAGGUUGGGAAGCAGCGGAUCGACCUCGUCCCACUGAGGUGGGCUGGUAGCCAUUGGGGGUUUGCAGGCGAGGAUAAGGUUAGGCUGCAAGGGGGGCAUGGCGAGGAGGUUUGCAGGGGGGUCUGGGUUGAUGAUGAUGUAAGUUUGCCCUCUUCCUCCCUUCCACACCCUGGUUAGUGAAGGAGGAGAAGGGGGAAGGGUGCUGAUGGGUGGUAGUCCGAGACGGUCUUCACUAGUGGUGAGGAUGGGCUUGUGAGGGUCUGGAAGGAGGAGACGAGCAGAGGGGAGGGCUUGUCCGAAGGGAAGAAGGAGAAGAGGGCGAGGAAGGGGGAGGGGAAGAGGGAGAAGAAGAGAUUCAAGGCGUAUUGA